GCAGACAUGUGGUAUAAGAAUGUGUUGUCGUUUGAGCUGGACGCUGUAAAACAGCAGACAUGGACAAGGACAUGGACAAGAGAUGCACUCGCACUCUGUCUAAACAGCUACUUAAAGAAAGCUUUCUGCAGGCUCUGAAAGAAAAUGAUUUUGUAACGCUGGAAAAUUUGCUAUCUCAAGGGGAAAUUGAUGUGGACACCAUCUUUGAAGUAGAAGAUGAGAACUUAACUCUGGCCUCCUACAAACCAGGUUAUUGGAUGCCCAGCUAUAAAUUAGCAUCAUCCUGGGCUACGGGAUUACACAUCACUGUUAUGUUUGGACACCUGGAAAGCAUCAUGGUUUUGCUAGAACACAAUGCAUCUAUCAAUACUAAACCCAAUGGGAAGACCCCCCUGCAUGUUGCUUGUGACAUUGCCAAUAUAGACUGCGUCAAGAUUCUCAUAAACCAUGGAGCCAAGCUGAAUAGUUUUUCAAUUAGUGGACUUACUCCAUUACACUACUGUACAACCAAAGAGUCCAUAAGGUGUGCCAAAGAGUUGGUCUGGAGCGGAGCAAAUAUAAACUUAGCAACCAACAAUCAAAUGGAGGAAACCCCACUUCACACUGUUUGCCGGCUGGGAAUCCCUGAACUUGUAGCCUUUUACGUAAGUCAUGGAGCCCUGGUUCACAGCGUCAAUGCAAGUCUGGAAACUCCACUAGCAACUGCGGCUUACUGGGCACUCAAUAUCAAGGAACAGAAAUACAGCACCAGGCAUCACAUUAUCUGUAGGAUGUUACUUGACUAUAAUGCUGAUGUCAACUGUCGUGAUGAAGAUUUUAAAUCGCCUCUUCAUAAGGCUGCUUGGAAUUGCGACCAUGUGCUAAUGCAUAUGCUGCUUGAAGCGGGCGCUGGGGCCAACACCAUGGAUGUUAAUGGAUGUGCACCGCUACAAUAUGUAUUAAAAGUGACUUCUGUCCGUGCAGCUGCUCAGCCAGAAAUCUGCUACCAGUUACUCUUAAAUCACGGGGCAGCAAGGAUUUACCCCCCACAGUUUCACAAGGUGAUCCAAGAAUGCAGUUCCUACCCAAAGGCAGUUGAAGUUAUGGUGAAUGCUUACGAAUACAUUAAAUCAACAGAAAGGUGGAGAAAAGCAAUUCCAGACGAUGUAUUCCAGAGACACCGGGACUUCUAUGAAUCUCUCUUUGAAGUCUGCAGUAACUCCCCCAGGUCCCUCAUGCACUUGGCCAGGUGUGCAAUCCGUGCGGUCCUAUGGAAGAAUUCUCACCAAUGUAUCCCACAGCUUCCAUUACCUGCUACUUUAAAGAAGUAUCUUCUUCUUGAGCCACAAGGAAGAAUUUACUGACCAAGCCAGACCAUGUAGACAUGUUAUUAUGCUCAUGACGCACAAGACAGACACACCAGACGAGAAGAAGCAGGGUAAGACGAGGACACAGAGAGCUUUAAUCUAUUAUUAUUAUUAUUAUUAAAUGCCAGAACAUUUAUUUCAACAUAAGAGACAUGCAUCCCUCUGUUUUUACCUUUAUGAGCAAAGUUGUCUUUCCUGCAGCCUAGGUAAAAUAAAUUUUUGCUUUACUAUGUGUGCCAAUAGACAGCUACCCUUUAGGUUACUGAGAGGAUGAUAGAUAAGUGGAACAGCCUCCCAGGAGAAGUGGUUGAGGCGAAUACAGUGAGGGAUUUAGACAUGCAUGGGAUAGUCAUUUGACUAUCCGGAAUGUAAGAUAAGACCAAGGGCCGAUUGAGGUUUGAGUCUUUACAUAAGGAAAAACGGGUAGACUAGAUGGGCCGAAUGUAGAGAACCGCCUGUUUGCCCAAGAAUCUUUUAUAUAGGAUGAUAUAAAUUACUUAACAUUAAAA